AUGAAUACGUUUCGCAUAGUUUUACAAAAUUUUGAUCGCAAAUUUACUACUUUUGCUUUAAAAGUUGAUGAGGUGAGAAUUGUUUUAUUAGUGUAUUAAUCUGAAUUUAAAAAAAAAAGAUUUUUUGAAGAUAGUUGAAAAACGGAAUUUGUUGGGAGUUCCUCAGCCUGUUUGGAAAGUUUUUCAAUUUUUGGUUUAUUUCAAUGUGUUUUGGUCAGCUUUCACUUUUUUAUGCGGAGUUACGUGUUUUACAUUGGGAUUACAUUGGUCGACAUUUUAUUCGAGGAUUAAUUGUGAAGAUGGAAUUAAUAUUUGGAUUCCGUUGAAUAAUGUGGUGAGUCUUUAUAGGGUUGUUUUUCACCGGAAAGAUCUUAUGGGACUAUUCAAGUUAUUUUCUCAACGCUGAGAAAAGCGAAGAAAACCUAUUCAGGUAAGCUGAGAAAAUACGAAAAAAAGUGGAGAAAAUACAUUUUCUCUGCAUUUCUCCUGUUUUCUCAGCGUGUUGAGAAAUUACUUGAAUAGCCCCAUUAGGGAAGUUUGAUUUUGACGUAACAUCAAGGUUCAAAAACACAAAACAUAUAUUUUUACGUGUUUUUGAACCUUGAUGUUACGUCAAAAUCAAACUUCUAAAUGAAUAUAAGCCUAGGUUUAAUAUCGUAUGUCGUACGUAUCUUUAAAAGAUCCCACGUAUUUUUUGAAAAAAAUUCAUUUUUAAAACUUGGCAGAUUCAUAAAGUUUGUAAAGUAAACAUGUGUAAUAUUAAUGAAAUUAUUUUCCGAGAAAAUUAUCAAAAAACUUCCUGGUUCAAAAACCCAAAACCCCUUUCAAUUUAUCAGGUAGCCAGUUGGACAGGUCUCUUCGCAAUCCGAUCGUUACACAUCCGCUGGUCAGCAUUUGUUCAUUUCGUAUUUACUGUAACAAUGACCCCGCUUAUGAUUUUCGCAUCGCUGUUUGCCACACUACAAAUUAAUGUGUAAGUAAAACCGAAAACGGUUCCACUUUUUUUCUGGAAGCGAAACGGAAUUUUUCUUUCCUUUUUCAGUUGGAGAGAAGAACAACGCCUUUCACGAGGAGACAAAGAUUGGGGCACUCGUUGUGCGAUCAUUAAUUUCAUCGUCGCCCUUAUAUCAUCAAUAGAUGGUAAGACAAGUUGAGAAAAUAUUUAAAAAAAACUAAUAGUUUCAGUUUUACUGUCACUAUGUAUUAUUGGUGUGUAUUGUGUAUAUUGGUUGCCAGAGCCAACGAGGAAUCGGAAUGAAUAA